AUGGUAAAGUUCAAGAGUCGGUAUAUCCUACUAGAAAUAGAGAACUUUUCUGAAAGCAAGAAAUCAUUAACUUCUACUGGUCUCUUCUCAUGUAUCGCAGAAAAUGUUGGAGAAUUUCAUGGAGAUCGAGGAUUUGCAUAUGUCAGGAGUGGAAUGGUGGUAAAAGUUAUUGACGGUGAUAUUGCAUUAAUACGGGUAGAAUCAUCAAGCGAGAAAUUUGUUACUAGUGUUAUACCAUUCAUCACUAACAUAAAUGGAGACGAAGUUACGUUGCGUUCGCUCUUCAUUGGUCGCAGCAUCCGGGCUUGCGAGAAGUUCUUGAUUCGUUAUCGAAGAAAAGAACUAUAUGGUCUUUUAAGAAAUGCUGAAACAGGAGUCGAGAAGAAUGCAAUACUGAAAGCUUUGAAUUCGGUUACCGGGAAGUUGAGCGACUGA